AAUAUAUAUAAAGGCGUUUGCAAAUGUGGUAGUAUUUUUCUAUAACAAUAGUCCAACAAUCUGGCGAUGGCUGUUUCCGCGGUACUGGCCGGGGAAAUGCGAGAAGAAAGUGGAGCGCAUGCGCGGUACGUAUUGAUCGUCUCACAGUUGACGGAAUGUCACUUCCGUUCGCUAGUCUGAUGAUUUUGUUGGUCUGUUAGAACAGGGUCUAAGCUGGUUCAAAGCGCUACCCGAACGCGGCCCAAGUGUAUGGGCUGCAGCUUGAAAGACACAAGAGGUAGUGUGUAAGUCAAGUGCUGAGGGCAGAAGCAAGACAAUGCCGUCCUUUCGGCAAGUUGGGGAGAAGCAGCUGCCCCAUGAAAUAAUAUUUAUGGCAUGGUCACCAAAGAGGGAUCUUAUUGCACUUGUCAACAAAGCUGGCGAGAUCCUACUGCAUCGUCUAGCAAAUAUUCAACGAGUGUGGAGUUUACCACCCAAUGAAAACACAGGAAAAGAUGUAACAUCAAUGGCAUGGAGACCUGAUGGCAAAAUACUGGCUUUUAGUCUGGCUGAUACCAAGCGAGUUGUACUUUGUGAUGUGGAAAAACCUGAAACCCUUCAUUCUUUUUCUGUGGAGACCCCAGUAUCCUGCAUGCACUGGAUGGAAGUGACAGAGGAGAACAGUGUCCUUACGUCCUUUUAUAACACAGAAGACGAAUCCAAUGUUCUGCUACCAAAGCUUCCAUCACUGCCAAAAAAUUUCAAUGCUACAGCAAAAAUUUUCAGUGAAGAAAAGUCAGAUGAAAUCUUAAAACUUCUUGGAGAUGUGAGGCUUAAUGCUCUGGUCCUUGGUGGAAAUUCUGGGCAUAUUGAAAUAUACGCUUAUGGGAUGUAUAAGAUUGCAACAAUUACAGAGGUUUUUGGCUCCUGUAUUGGUUUAUGCCUGUCUAGUGAUUUAAAAUCCCUCGCUGUUGUUACUGAGCUGUCUACUGAAUCCACACCUGAAAUUACUUAUUUCCAGUUGGAUACCAGUUUGUUGUCUGAAUACUUGUCUGAGGUAACUCGAAUGGCCAGGAAAUUUACUCACAUUUCAACUCUUCUUCAGUAUUUAAAAUUGUCCCUGAGUUGUAUGUGUGAAGCUUGGGAAGAAAUACUGUUGCAGAUGGAUUCCCGGCUUACAAAGUUUGUGCAGGAAAAAAAUACGACGACAUCUGUACAGGACGAGUUUAUGCAGCUUCUGAUCUGGGGAAAAGCAAGUCCUGAACUUCAAGCCUUACUGAUGAAUCAGCUAACCGUUAAAGGAUUGAAGAAACUUGGACAAUCCAUUGAGUCCUCAUACUCCAGUAUACAAAAACUUGUCAUAAGUCACUUACAAAGUGGCUCUGAAGCCUUGUUGUACCAUCUGAGUGAAUUGAAAGGAAUGGCGUUAUGGAAACAGAAAUAUGAGCCUCUUGGACUUAACGCUAAAGCAAUUGAAGAUGCUAUAACUGCUGUCGGUUCCUUUAUCCUGAAAGCUAAUGAGCUCCUCCAGGUUAUAGAUAGUAGCAUGAAAAACUUCAAGGCAUUCUUUCGAUGGCUGUAUGUUGCUAUGCUGAGAAUGUCAGAGGAUCAUGUGCUUCCUGAGCUAAACAAGAUGACUCAGAAGGAUAUAACAUUUGUGGCAGAUUUUCUAACCGAACACUUUAAUGAGGCACCAGAACUGUACAACCAAAAAGGAAAGUAUUUCAAUGUUGAAAGAGUUGGUCAGUAUUUAAAAGAUGAAGAUGAAAUCUUGAUGUCACCACCUAAUACAGAGGGAAACCAGUGGUUUAACUUCCUUCAAAGCAGCACUCAUCUGAAAGACAGUCCACUACUGUUUCCUUAUUAUCCUGAAAAGUCUUUGCACUUCAUGAAGCGACAAAUGGAAGGAAUGAUUGACUUAUGUUUGGAAAAACCAGCAGAUAUCAUAGGACAGUCAGUGCAACAAAAACGGUGUCUUACUUUAUAUCACGCAUCUAAAAGUGAAGAAUCCUGUCCAAGGCUGAUUUCACUGCCUUUCCUAUGGAAUGAUAAGUCCCAAAAUCUACACUAUGUAAUGUUUAACAUGUUGGACAGUUCACCUUCCAAAGUCUUCAUUUUAAGGCAGCCAACAGAUUUGUCAUGGUCUACAAAUAAUGGCAUUCGUGCUGUUGAAUUCGCAAACUCAAAUUGCAGCACUAUAGAAAAUCAAGAAACAAGUUGGUACAGCUGCCUGGAUGCCCAUUUCUAUGAAGAUGAUAUUGUCACCAUAGUACUAAAGGAGAAUUCUGAACAGGAGGGGAAAGAUCGGAUUUUGGCCCAGCUGCCAUUGUCACUGGCAUUUUGUGAUGAACAAGAAAAUCAAUUCAGCUGGGAUGCUAGUAAAAGCCUAGAAGAGCAGUGCAGAGACAUACCCACACGUACUGUUUAUUUGGAGAGCCAGUGGAGGGUGCUUGAAAACAUGAAAGCACAUUACGUCUCUGUGAACGGAAUACGCAAAGUAGCCUGUGUGCUGAGUUCCAACCUACGACAUAUUAGAGUGUUUGAGAUGGAUGAAGAUGAUGCAGAAAAUGAGGAGGAAGAAGAGGAUGAGUCGCAAUCCCAGGAUGUGACAGCGGAAGAUGAAGAACUAAAUCAUUCUAUAGCUGAUGUGCAAACAAGUUCAGCUGAUGUGACAGAGGAAAGUUUAGACUCCUGAUAUAUUUAUGAAAGGUGGAGAAAAAAAGUGUUCUAGCAACAACUCUGUAAAAUUGUAAUUAAACAUUAUAUUAAUGUUCAAUUCACUGAGCUUUGAUUUAUAAGAAAUAACCAGUUUAGAAAAUGGAGCUGAUAUUCUGCAAAUAAACGUUCUAGUU